AUGUAUCGCAAAUGGGACACAAACCCGGUUACCAUCGUUUACGGUGCCGAACUGGAACCUGUCUCGACGAUCCCCUUUCCAGCUGUCACUGUAUGUCCACUGACAAAAUCUCGAAUAGAAGUAUUCAACCUGACACAGGCAAUCGAAGCUUUGAACCAAAACAUUUCACUGGAUGAAGGAAGCGACGAGAAACUCCGAACUUUAGCUCACGUCUGUCCUUUUCUCAAUAAUUGGAAAGAGUUUCAAGAUUCUACUACAGAAGACAUUGUUCUCAACUUGCGAAGCGUGGCACAUACGCUGGAUAGUGUAAUGGUUUACUGCUGGUGGAGAUCUUCAGUUGUCCCAUGUCGAAGCAUCACGAUGGAACGUUUGGUCGAUGACGGGAUUUGCUACACCUUUAACUCACUGGCAUUGGACGAAAUAUACCGAGUCGAUCAAAUUUCACCAGACUUUCUGAACUUUUCCAACAUAGCGCCACCGACGGACUGGACACGAGACUACGGAUACAGACCUGGAGCGGGAGUGGACGCUUAUCCAUAUCGUCCGUUGUCAAACGGAUUGAUCUCCGGAGCCAUUCUAGUAGCGGUAGUAAGACAAAUUGAUAACGAACCUUUGUGCUCGGGAUCUCAUACGGGUUUUAAGUUAGCAGUACAUCCCCCAGAUGAGGUUGCCUUCACGGAAGAUCGUUUCUAUCGCUUGGAUACCCUGACUACGCUCAUGUUGGAUUUGACCCCUAAGGUGACAAAAGCCACGGAAACCCUUAGGAACCUCUCACCAUUGAGAAGAAAUUGUUACUUUUCCAACGAGCGUUUUCUUCGAUUCUUCAAACAUUACAACCAAAUCAACUGCCUAGCGGAGUGUGUUUCCAACUAUACGUUAGCGAAGUGCGGCUGUGCUAAGUUUUCGAUGCCUCGAUCGGAGGACACAAAGAUCUGCGAUACCAGUAGAAUCGGGUGCUAUCGUAAUGCCUUUUUGUCGUUGUACGCGUUGAUGGUGAGGGCCAGCUUAGCUAAUAAAAAGUUUCACAGCUGCAACUGCAUGCCAUCGUGUGCUUCCGUAGAUUACGGAGUUACUAUUUCAAAGGACGUAUUUCAUUUUCAUGAUUUUCCGCUGCGGUUGGAAUUCGCAUCAGAGGGGCAUGAUCCCAGUUUGGUGAUGGUAUCUUUCAGGGAUCGACAUUACGCAUCCAUGCUGAGACGAGAACUAGUUGGCAUAAAUCAGGUCAUAGCAGAACUUGGAGGCCUGUUUGCGCUCUUGUUGGGUGCCAGUAUGCUAAGCUUGGCGGAAAUUGUGUACUACUCCUGUGUUCGGUGUUUGCGGAGAGAAGGACCCAAGCGAACGAAGAUUAAAGGAGCCAAUCGCCUACCCAGUCGAGGUCAUCGAAUACAGCUGCGAGUAGACCCUUGGGCUCAGUAUCGGCGGCAUGUAAUGCGAUGA